ACAAACAAAUCGAUAUUCAAAAAGUUACUUAAAGUAGAAAGUCUUUAUCACAAUUUUGUAUUUAUUUUUAUCGUAUAUUGCAUUGCAAAUUAUAUAUAGUUACAAAUUUACAAGUUAACAGUAAUAGUGAAAGGCUAAGAAAUCCUAUACCAUGAACAACAAAGCAAAUAAUGGAUAUCCGUACGACGCUCAAUCAGCGGCAUAUCAACAAUACGUGAAUAGCCAAUUGCCAGCGCACGCACAGCUGCCACCAUCGUACAACUCUGUGGUGACUAGCAUGACACCGGCAGGCUAUUCUCCGUAUCCCCCUGGACUCGUCCAGCAGCCAUUUUACACCAACAAUUGGAGCGUGAAUCCGUCCGCACCGCAGGCUGCAACGAUGCCGUUCGCCGCUCACCAUCUUCCUCCACCACCACCCUAUGCAGCAGCUGCCGCACAACAGGCUGCUGUUGCGGCCAUCCCAGCUCAAACAGUACAUCCGACAAUGUACCAAUACCCGAUCGCGACUCCACCUCAAGCACAACCACCGCAAGUGUAUCAAGCGCAAAUGUAUCCUGUACAAGGUGCCAUGUAUGAUGCGGGUGCGCGCUUUGGAAAAACCGGUGGUGCAGCCACUAUUCCACCACCACCACCAGGAAUUGCACCAACAGCAGCUCAGAUCGCUGCAAUGCAGGGCCAGCAGGUCGUAAUGACGAAAAAGAAGAAUAACUUUAUUCACGGUGGUAAUGGUGCUGGAUUUACGUUUUGGUAAUAAUCCAACUGGUAGCUUGAUACGUGAGUAUAUUUUACUGACUGCCCAGAGUAACCAAACCAAAAACCGGUGAUUUUCAAUUACUUUACUAUUGGUUUUUUACAUUAUAUUUUGCGUAGUAUAAUUUAUAAUUAAUUGAAAAUGAAUAUUGAUACCUCUUUUAAAACGAUGUCGUUAAAAUGUUUUGGUUAUUUUUUUAGUUGUCCGUUUCACAUGCUUGUUCUUUUUCUGUUGUCGGUAUUUGAACUUAGAUUGUAGGCGCUAAACUUUGGUACUGCAAUUGUAAAACAAAAGCAACACAUUAAAUUCCAGGAAAUGAAAACGUGGUGAACUGUAACGAAUUGCGUAUGUAAUACAAAUCUAACGACGCAGAAGCAUACUGCACCUAGGAAAAGUUAAUGAAUAAUUAUUAAUCAUAUGUUAAACAGUUGAAGCAAACAAACCCGCAGAAUGACUGUAGAAGUUCGCCAAUUAGAGUGCAGUGUUCGAAUAGAACAGUGGCGCCGCAAUAGCAAUUUAAUCAGGAUUGAAUAAUAUAAUAGCAAAAUAUUAUUCAUCAACACGCUAGGAUCAGCUGUUACAAAGCUCACCAAUAUACUUAUAUUAAACAAAUGAGUUACAAAAAAUAAAAAACAUACUAAUAGAGUUGAGAAAAGGAGGACAGUUUCAACUAUAUACAUACUAUAUAGUCAGCUAAGCAAAUUUGAAGCCUCGAAGUAAACUUACAAAUGAAAAGGCACUAUUGCUAAUCACAGCAUACCCUUCAUCAGUGGACGACAAACAUAUUAUACAGUUAAUGUUCCGUUUUGUAAUACCCAACCUCAGUUGUUCCGAACAACUUCAGAAACGAUACGCGAAUCAAUAUUUCCCAUGAUGGGCAACAUUAACAAAAAAAAUGCCAUAAUGAAUUGCAGGGUCAGAACAAAAAUUGAAAUUCUCUAUCUCUCCAGCCAUAAUACCCCAAUGCCUUGGUAUUUGUUUUGUGCACAAAUCACUUCAUGAUGAAAAAUCAAUAAGCAAUAGAUGACAAAAUUUGUGCUCUCCGUGCCGUGCCUUUGGGUUGGAUAUGACCUAAAUUCAUAACAGUGAACACAUUGUAUCUUUCUAGUUUAUUUUAUACACAAAAAUGAUGGUUUAUUUAAAAUAUCGCACUACUUACUUUUCUUAUUUCUACUUUAGUCAAAUCAAAAUCAAAUUAACAACAUACACUCUGUAAAGUUUGGUACAUUUGGUUUUGGAACAAACAAUUGCGUGCAUUGCGGAUUCCAAUCUAAAUAUUGAAAAUGUAAUGAAGGAUUUUAUUUUUUCAAGGACAAUGUAAGAAAGAUGUAUUUGUUUUGGCUUCGAAGGAAUACCUGGACUUUUCUUAACACUCUUGGUUCGUCCAUAUUCGGUCUUAUUCCUUCAAAUUUUUCAUUUGAGUGGUGUUUUUGAUCAAAUAAUCCUUCGCCUACAGUUUACUCUUCAUGAUAACCCGAUAUUUCCUAAUUGGUGUGUGGACUAUAGGGUCGGUCGAAGUCUAUCUUUGCAAACUGCACUCUGUUCGCUUCUUGGUACGACUGCAAAUUCUUGGUAUAGUGACAGGAUCUGGUCGAAACAUCACGAGAUAAUUGUCGAAUUGGAUGAACGGCCAAAUUCCCUUCUGAAUGUGCUGUUUUUUGUGAAGAUCCGACUUUAUCUUAUUAUCUUAGUCUCAUAUCGCAAUGGUUUUUCCAGAUGAGUCUGGACAAUUUUUUUUUGUUAUUUUUUUGUUCGUGCUAUAAUGCCUUAUCUCCGAAGGUAAACCUAUUUCUCUUCAUCCAUGUCCACCUAUUCUAUUCCCAGCGGCGGCAUAUGCUACUUGAUCGAAACGUGUUGCGGAGGGAAAAAUAGGGUCCAAUUUCAGCUUGAAUACUUCCUUUAAUCUUCCUAUUCGUAUUAUUGUGGGCCGUGACUAGAGAUCUCCAAUAUCUCAUCAACCACUUCAAAUUCAUCGGCGUCAAUAAUCACUAUCCGUUGGAGGCGAUUGUUUUCCUUUAGUGCUGUUACUGCCAUAUAUUUGAUUUUCGAACAUUGAUUUGUUGCCCAAUCCUACUAUAGUCUCAGUUUUUGGUCUGACGUAGAGCGUCUCCGUUGUCCCAAACAUUUAUACUAAUGACGUCGAGGUCGUCUACGAAACAUAAGAGUUGUUUACUUUUGCUGAAAAUCGUUCCUUUCAAAUAGAUGCCCGUUCGCCGCAUUAUACACAUUUAAUGGUUUCAAUAAUGACGUUGCAUAGGAUACAGGAUAAGAUAAGAUACCUACGUUGAAUAAGAAUAAGCCCAUACUCUUUCCGCAAGCCUACGAGAUUCGAAGGGACUCAUGCAUUACAUGAAACAGCUCUUCGCACGCGACUGUAUCGUAUGUUGCCCUGAAAUCUAUGAGAAAAUCAUGCGUAGGUACAUUAUACUCCCAAAAUUUCUGGAGGAUUGGUCGAAAUGGGAAAAUUUGAUCUGUGUUAGCAUGGGGCUCUUAAGUGACCACCUUGAGGCGACGUUGACCAGCGUAAUGUAUUGGGUCAUUACAGAUUGAUCGCUCUUUUUGAAGACGGGAUUAACCAUCCCUUCCAUCCUUAUUCCAGUAGUUUCUCCGCCUUCCAAAUGUUAGAAAUUACUCAAUCAUGAGCCGUUACUAGUGGUUCCCAUGGUUACCAUGUUUGUACUGUUUGUCCGGAAGCCUGUCCUUUCCGACGGCUAUAUUAUCCUUCAAGGUUCGAAAACUAACACUGAUUAAACCUGCAAGUAAUAGGCGAAAUACGUAUCCUUCGAGAAUAAAAUUAAUAGUGGAAUUUAAUCUUGAAAAAAAAAAUUUAAUCUUCGACAAAGAUUGUUUGUAUUCCACUUAGUCGCUCAUAAAAACUUUAAUCCCUCAGCUGCCCGAUUUCUCACCGGAUCACUUUGAGAUCGAGAACCGGGACUAUUGCUCAUGGGCACUCCCAGGUUAACUUCCAUUCCGAUUCCUUCUAUUAUAAAUCAAUAUCCUACUCAACUGAAUGUUCGAAGCUGGGUUCCUUAUUUCUUUCAUUCCUUACUCAAUAACUACCAGAUCAACUUAUAUUCAUAGUUAGCAAAUCUAACCUCACAGUCAAUCAACGCGCAUUUACUCACAAAAGCAACACGCAAGAACUCACAAACACUCUGGUAUGAAGAAGUUUAAACAGCAAGAAUACGUAAUACGUGGUACGUAACUCAUUCCAGUUUUCUCCGCUGUAUAUUGAAAUUGUAUGAAAAGAAGUUUAAGCAGGAAUUCUUCUGAAAAAAAUAUAGCUGCUAUUCCUUUAACUAAUUAUAAUUUCAUAUAGGUAAAUGUGUUCACAAAAAAACUACAAUCGGUGAAUAUCCUUCUCAAAACGCACACACAUUUAACAGCACCAUUCAACAGUAAAUGAAGAACUAUUCAGUAUUCUAGCUUCUCGGAAAUGUGAUUAAAUCUCCCAUCUAACGAAUAAUGUACGCUCAAAUUUUCCCGCAGUAUAAAAAUGGGUCGAGUGUGGUGAUAGUGAUGCAACAAACGUGAUCAGAUUUAACUGAAAAGUUUAUUCCAAAAAUUUACAACGAGAAAGCAUAUUAGAAACUUAUUCUUUUUUUUAUCGUUUUACACGUUUACAAUUUUUCAGUUAUUUUUCUGUUUCGUCGCUAUUGUAUUUGGGGAAACUAUUACAAACAAAGAAACAAUAAAAAAUCAAUUGAAUUGAG